ACCAGGUGAAGAGACAAGGGCGACCAAUUCAAGAAUGGAGCUGGGAAGACUGGAAAUCCCGGCUGAGCUGUCUGCUCUGCUGAAGACAGCUGAAGGUCGUCAGCAUGUCAUGGCAGAAAACAUCACAGAAGCCCUUCCCCCAGAGGUCACAGCUCAGGAAGAACUGGCUCUCCCUCCUGACAUUGAUAGAUUCCCCUUUUCCAGCUUCAUCCCAGAAAACUUUCAGAAGCCAACCCUGCCCACUCCAGGACAGCCGCUGACGUCACCUCUGACUCAUCUGGAAGGGGUUAGCCCUCAGCUUGCCCUGGAUGUCAACAAAGUGAUGUUACGGCUCCUGGGUGACCUAUCACUUCAGUCCUGGCAGGAACAGACCAUGGGCACUUAUUUGGCCCAUAAGGGACAGCGCCACCCCGCCCUGAGGAAUGAGAUCUUUUGCCAACUUGUGACCCAGCUGUGGCACAACCCGGACGAUCAGCAGAGUCAUCGAGGCUGGGCACUCAUGGCCAUUCUGCUCAGUGCCUUCCCCCCGACACUGACCCUUCAGAAGCCACUGCUCAAGUUUGUGUCUGACCAUGCUCCAAAGGGUAUUGCAGCUGUGUGCCAGCACAAGCUCUUGGGGGCAUUGCAACAGUCCCAGCCAGAGGUCGACAGUGUCCGCGCCUACCCACCUACACAGCUGGAGUGGAUUUCAGGGUGGCGAUGUGGGCGUAUGGCCCUCGAUGUCUUCACCUUCAGUGAAGAGAGAUACUCAGUAGAAGUCAAAUCCUGGACCGCAGCAGAAGAAUUUGCUGGGUGGAUCCUACGAACCAGGGGCAUAGAGCAGCUCAUACGAGGCUGGUCAGUGUCUCUGCUCUCUGGAGAUUCCUGGCAGGAUUUGGCAGGCUGUGACUUUGUGCUGGAUCUGAUUGGACAGAUUGAGGAUUUAGGGGACCCCAGUGCCCCUGGCAGCUACCCCAUCACCCCCCACAAUGGGACUUCUGAAGACAUCCCCUCACCCCCAGGAAUCCAGGCUCCUGCCUUGGCUCCAGAGCCACCUCCAGGUCCUGCCCCAUCACUGCCUCAAAGGAGCUACACAAGGCAACCCCAGAGCCCUAAGAGCUUGGAUGGUUUCCUGGACAACCUCUUUGAGCCUGUGCUCUCCCCAGGGUCCAGGCAGGGUUUAGAACAAGCCAGGGCACUGAACAGCCAAAUGAAAGGUGGCGGAGGCAUUGGGACUCAGCAAGGAGGCUACCCCAUGAUGUAUCCAGGGAUGAUGCAGGUGCCAAACUACCAGCCUGCCAUGGGGGCAAUGAUGCCAGCACCUGUGCCACUCAUGCCAGCAAUGCCAUCAAUGCCACCCGUGCCUUCAAUGGGUGGGGUCCCAGCCAUGCCAGGCAUGAUGAUGCCAUCCCAGCCCCAGCCAAUGGUGCCCACGCUCAGCGCCAGAGAGCUGGCUGCACAGCAGCAAAGCUUUAUCAACCAGCAGGCCAUGUUCUUGGCUCAGCAAAUGACCACCCAGGCCAUGACUCUUUCUCUGGAGCAGCAGGCCCAAAUGCAGCGCCUGACCCAGGCCUCCACAUAUGCACCCCAGCCCACUCCCAGCACUCCCAAACCGAAGAAGUCCCCAGCUGUUGUCAGCAAAAGCUCUCCUGUUCCCAAGGCACAGCCCCAAAGGAGCUCAGAACCGGUAGAGAUUCCAGAAGAUGAUGAGGAGAAACUAAUGCAACCCAAUACCUUCCAGGAGAAACGGGAUUAUUUCCAGAGGAUAGGGCAAGAACCUAUUUGGUUGAAGAAGGUGAAGCCACUUGCAAAGGUGCCCAUCCCCCAGAGGGAGAUAGAGCAAGAAGAGGAGGAGGAAGAAGAAGAGGAGGACAAGGAGGAAAUCAAAGCACCUUCUCCUCCCCCAGUGGUCAAGAAACCACUUAAAAAAAAAGAGGAAGGAGACAAAACUAAGAAUGAAGAUGGUGCUGGAGCCAAAGCACGAGGUGAAGCGAAAGCUAACAUUAGCCCACAAGCCAAAAGCCAAAAGGAGAGUAAGGAAAGGCCUCCAAGUACCGUGGUACGAAGCUCAAAACCAGCCCACAAACCAGAAGAGCCCAGUAGAGAAAUUCGUAACAUCAUCAAGAUGUACCAGAGCCGCCCUGCACCAGUGCCUGAACCGAUACAGCCCAGCAGGAAGCCUCAAAAAUCUUUCCUAAAGAAGAAUGACCCCAAGGAUGAGGCCCUGGCCAAACUGGGUCUUGGUGGCAACUAUCUGCCUCCUCCGGCAUCAGCUCUGGGCCCUAAGAAGGACUCACCACCACCUCUUCCAAGUCGGCCCAAGUCCCCCAUCUCCAUUGAAUCUUCUAGUUCCAUCAAAGAGAAGCAGAGACCCCUGAUGGAUUUGUUUGCCCCAGUUCAAUCCAUGACCUCAAUUCCUCAGCUUCCAUUAUCUCCACCUCCACCUCCACCUCCACCUCCACCUUCCCUCCCACCAGAGAACCCAGCUCCACCCAAGUCAGACCCAGUUCUGUCCAUGAAGGAUGAACAUAUCAGUACUGAGUUGCUUCAUCUCUCAAGCAGUGUUUCCUUUGCUUAUGCCAGCACCAGCUGGAGGCUGUUCCUUCGAAAAGAGGUAUUCUACCCCCGGGAGAACUUCAAUCACCCCUACUGUUUGAGACUUCUUUGUGAACAAAUCCUGCGUGACACUUUCACCGAGUCCUGUAUCCGAAUCUCUCCAGAUGAACGGAACAAGAUGAAAGAUAUGCUAGCGGACUUGCAGGUGGGCAUGGAUGCCAGUUCCAUCACUGAAGACAGUAUCAAGAAGAGAAUUGUAGUAGCUGCCCGAGACAACUGGGACAAUUACUUCUCCCGAAUCUUCCGUGUCUCGGGGGAGAGUGGCAGUGAUGUACAAUUUCUGGCUGUGUCUCAUCGAGGACUUCGCCUGCUCAAAGCUGUGAACAAUGCCACGUUCCUCACAGACCACCUCAAGACCCUCUGCAGCUACAGUUUUGCAGAAGUCCUGGAGGUGAAGGCCCAAGGACAUAGCGUUCUUCAAUUUUCCCUGAGGAAUGAGCAACUAAUAUUGCGCACAACUCAAGCCCAGACCAUCAAGUCCAUGGUGGAGUUGUUCCUGAAUGAGCUCAAAAAAGACUCAAGCUAUGUGAUUGCCCUCCGGAGCUAUGUCACUGAUGACCGAAGCCUCCUGAGUUUCCGCUGUGGAGAUAUUAUUAAGCUGCUGCCCAUGGCCUCCCUAGAACCAGGGUGGCAAUUUGGCUCCAUCAGCGGUCGAUCUGGGCUCUUUCCUUCUGACAUGGUGAAAGUGGCUGCUGUGCCUGACUAUUUCACCUUCCUCAAGGAGCAGAAGGAUGGGCGGCAAAGGAGUCUUCCAAGAGGAGAAACAGGAUUGCCUCCACAGAACCGGGCCAUGGAGUGUGAACACACCCCCACCCAGGCACCCAGUGAGUCCUCUGUGGUGACCAGCUCUGUCUUCUCGGAUGUCAGCUCCACUCUGUCUGCGGGUACCAGCACUUACGCCAUGUGGGAGUAUGCCCAGAAGUACUUCCGGCCAAUACAGACCUCGGAGGGCUGGAUGGUAUCAAAACAUCAUGCCAGAAGCCUGGUGCAACAUACCAAGACUCCCAUCCAGAAAUCUCUUACCAACUUACCUGACGAGGAGCUGAACAAGCUAGCUGUGCAGAACUUCAGGGCUGUGAUGCAAUUUAUGGGUGAUCAGUCCAAGAAGAAAGAUGAGUUGGAUACACCAUUUGAGAUGCUGAAGGUGAAUAUUGGAGCAAGAAGUCCAGGGACACAGCAGAGCCCUUUAGCACCUAAUUCUGCCAUGUACCUCACUGGGGCUGUGGUGGGGGGAGAGAAGGGAUGCGAGCUGGCCCAGAAAUGCCAAGAACAUUUACGACACACAGUCAAAUAUGGAGGUCGCCAGCACCUGCCCACCAUAGGCGAGAUGAAAGCCUUUCUGAAGGGGCAGACAAUCCGACCAGUGUCGCUCCACCUGCCUGGAGGUAUGGAAUACAAGACUGUCAUCCAGACCUUUACAGUGGUGGCAGAAGUGCUGGAGGAGACAUGUAGACAGAUGGGCAUCAGAGAGCCCUUGGAGAUGCAAGAGUUUGCCAUCCUCCUCUUCAAGGGAAAAGGUGUGCUGGUGAGGCCUCUGUACCGCAACGAGUACCUCAACAAUGUGAUGCGGGAAACUGAUGUGGAGUUGCAUAGCCGCCGGCUCACCUGGGACACCCCACUGCAUUACGAUAACGAAGUCUAUAUCAGCACACACUACAGCCAGGUACAUCGGGAUUACUUGCAGGGAAAGCUGCUGAUUCACACCCAAUCCCAAGCUGAAGCUGUACUAGCUCCUUUGGCGGCCCUGCAGCACCUGAGCAGAGAGAUCGGCUACCCGCCUUCUGAGCAGGAUCUGCUGAGAUACGUCCCACAGCCACUACAGCAGCAGGUAAAUUUGAAGAUCUUGGGGAAUUUGGUGAAGAGCCAGUUGGCCUUGAAGAGAUACAGCCGCAGAGCAGCACAUAUCAACUUCAUUGAGGCUAUGAAACACCUUCCUCUCUUUGGAUAUAUUGUGUAUGGCAUACUGCGGACGAGUGAGCCUAUGAUAGUCACCCCCUGCUUGCUGGGCCUCAACCACCAACACCUCAUCUUGGUGGAUCCUAGUUCUCAGGAACAAUGCUACUCCAUCCCUCUGAAGGACGUACAGAAACUACGUCAGCUCAGUCCCCUGGACAAUACCCCAGGGUUGGAGCUGUACUAUGGGUCUUCUGCCAGCCCCCAAACCAUCUGGUUCGAGUUGCCCCAGGCCCAGGAGUUACGGCACACCCUCAUCUUCUUAAUGGAGCACAGUACCUCUACUUAGCCUGGCCCAGUUCAUUCCAAGUUGAAAGGGGUAGGAGUGGGGAGACAAGGACUGUCUCCUCACCGCUCCUCCACACUCCUGCCCUCAGCAAUCUCCUCUUACUGGCGAGCUGACACUUCUUGGUGUUCCAGCCCCUGCUCUAAGCUGAGGCAGAAGAGAACGGCCUAGGCAUGAGGAUGACACCUUCCUCGGUGGCUGGGGCUGAGCUGCAGGCAGGAAUUGAGCCGCAUGUGUUCAGCUCAAGCAGCUAAAUCCUGUACGCUCUUUGUGCCAUCAGGGAGCAGGACCUACUUCCCAUUCAUCCUCACCCAGGUCCAGCCCCAGGCCUGGUGUGGACAGAUGCACAGAAAAUAAAACCUCAAACAAUCAA